GCUUCGAAAAUAGCUGUGAGAAGCUCAACAGCCUCUUGCCGCCACAUCUGAAUAAUCUGCUGCCUCACACAAAGCAUAAUUUUCAGCCUCCGUAGAAUAACACACAAUGAACAUCAUCAACCACGAAGGCAGAGUUGUCCCUUUGGCACCAGUUCAUACAAUUUUAAUCUGUCCAACAGCAGAUUACAAGGCUCCAAACUAUAUCUGCUACGACUAUAUUUGUCAAUACUGUCCCAAAGGAGACCAGGGAGCUCAAAUCCUUUACUACCCACAAGAAGCCGUUGGUUCGCAUCAGAUUGGCCCACGAGUAUAUACUCGCUUUUACCACGAUCAUAGAUAUCAGGUAUAUGCUACCAAUGAACAUGAAAUGCCUCCUCAGCAUUCUAAAGCUAAAAUCUGUCACUUUUGGUGCCAGCAUGAGAUCGACACUAGUCCUCCACUCCAGCGCACUUGGUAUUAUGUUCCAUGGAGUGACCCCAUUCCUGGUGUUCUUCAAGACGAUGGGAACAUAUCUUUCACUGAUCCUGUCUCCGGCCAUACCAUAAUCGACAGUUUCCCUACCCCUGCCGGAUUCAGACCCUACCGUGAAGGAGACACUCCAUUCGAUACCAACUGGAAAACCAAACCCUCCUCUCCAUCUCUUCAACUGGUAACGACCUUUAACACUCCCAAUAUUGAUAUUGGUUCGUCGCGAUCCAGAUCAUCUGAAUCCUCUGCCCUUAUUCCAACUCCUCGGAGCGAGUACAAUAUUCUGGGAGCACACAGAUUGCCUACUAGCCCUCAGAUAACAGCAGAACCAAUCAGUCAGACUGAAGUUGACCAGAUUCGUCGUGGUGGAGCUGUCCUUGCCCCGGAGUUGACAGAAAGUGAGCGAGCUCCAACCAGAGCUAUUUAUGGAGGAGGUGUAGGCACAGGAAGAAGAGGGGGAGGGGAAGGGGGAAGACGUACAGAACCAUCAAUUCCUCGGGUGAUUGCUAGUGGGACUGGCCGUGGCAAGGGCAUUAAUAAUAGCAGCAUAAACGUGCCAAAUGGUCCUAGAGGUGGAUGGAAUAGUCGGGGCUACAGUCGUGGUCGAGGAGGACGUGCUACUAAAAUCUGGAAUUGGCAUAAUUGAUCUUGUCCUUCUGUGGUGUAAUGGUAUUAACGUUUGUUGUCUGUUGUCUGUGUUUAUUUGAUGUAGUUAGCUACAUGCACCUUGGUUAUUGGUGUUCAUAAUGCAAUUUUCCUAAUAUUUUGGUGGUUUUAAAUUUCAUUGUGGCGCAUGGUAUGACAAUUACCCUCUCA